CACCAAGCACGUAAAGUUCAUGUGUUCAUGAGUGUAAUUUUUAUUGUCAAUCUUACGAGCAUAUGCGGAGAAGAACAAUGUUUGACGUGAGUAGGGAUGGCCGGUUAAAUAUAAUGUGAGCAAUUUGGCACAGGGUUAGUUUGUUUCAAAAUCGUCACAAUGAUGAACACGGUUAUUGUCUUGUCUGCCUUGGCGACGGUAUCCUUGACGCAACAGCAAGGUGAGCCGAUACCGAUAGUGAGGUACGAGAAUGAAGGGGUUAAUGCAGAUGGAUCGUAUCAGUGGAGUUUGGAGACAGGCAAUGGCAUAGUAGCCCAAGAGCAAGGUCAGAUCAAAAACGCGGGUAGUGAAAACGAGGCGGCAGAAGUACAGGGUUCCUUCCAGUACCAAGCCCCUGACGGCACUCCAAUCUCAAUGAACUACAUAGCCAACGAAGGAGGCUUCCAACCACAGGGAGAACAUCUUCCGACUCCACCUCCUAUUCCACCAGCGAUACAAAGGGCGCUGGAGUGGAUUGCCGCUCAUCCUGAACCAGAAGAAGCUCAGAGACCUCAGAGAGAGGUGCACGCCAAACCUUUACCACGACCUUUUCAAAAGACGAACCAGCGCGGGUUUAAUCGACACUUCUGAGUCGGAUCUCAGUGGUCUUGACCUUUUUCUGAUAUACCGUGUAGCUCAUAGAUAAUGAAAGGCUGGAAAUGCAAUUCAAACAGCGCAGAAAAUGACCAAAUGUGCAGAAACGUGGUAAAAUCGGUAAUGACAAAAAUUGUUCUUAUUCCGCCGGUGUCUAUAGUUAUCUAACGCUCUUCUGAAGCUAUGUCAAGUCAUGGCAUCAAUUGACAUCUAUGAGAUAUACGGUAAUUACGUCUGUGUAUAUAAUGUGUCUAAUAAAUUAAAUAAGCCAACUUAUUCUCUUCUAACAGAUAGCCUGUAUCCAGUUCCAAAAAUAGGUUGCAUAUACAGGGUGUUUCAGUUUAUUGUUGCAUAACUUUAAUACUCGAUAGAACUUUUAAAAUUAAUGCAUAAAGUCUAUAUAAACAUGGGUCGAAAAAUGCGUGGCUUGCGAAAUACAGGGUGUUUAAAUUUACUUUCUGAAAUAGUUUUUUUUUAAUAUUUAGAACAAUAUUUGAUUUAUAACAGUGAAAAUUGGUAUACAAGGGUUUUUUGGUACGACAAAACGAACCAUGGACAUAGUUUUAUUGUAGCCGCUAGAGGGCGCUCCCUACUGUACCUGUGUAUUGAAAUGACCGAAAAUUUUUUCUUUGUGCAAUUUUUUGCUUUUUGAAUAAAAAACUGAUUAUUCGCACUUUUCGGCAUAAAAAAGCUCUCCUGUGAGUUUUUGUUAUAGUUAGCCGUUUUUGAGAUAUUUCGAUUUCUAAGGUUCGAUGCAUUUUUAAUUAUUUAUGGGAAAAUAAUAUUUUUUUACAUUUUCGAUUUGGGCAUUACAAGUAAUUAAGAUAAUCGUUUAGAUUGUGUUCUUAAACACAUAUAUAAUAAUAUUUUUAACAAAUUAAAUUAAUUAUUUACAACUAAAAUGCUAUUGGAUAGUUAGGACAAACAUACGAAAUCUAGAGUAGUUGCUCGAAAUGUAAACCCAAUUGUUCAAUACACAAUUCACAUCUACGAAUGAUCGAACGUCGUAUAGCAUUAUUCAAAUAAGGCCUUAUUUCAUCACAUGCAUUCCUGAUUCUGUCUAUUAGCAUAUCUCUUGUGAUUACGGGAGUCUGGUACACUUUUUCUUUGAGAAAUCCCCACACAAACAAAUCUAAUGGAUUUAGGUCAGGGGAUCGUGGAGGCCAGGCGACUGGUCCACCACGGCCGAUCCAUUUUUCUGGAUAAUUUUCAUCCAGCCAGUUUCUAGCUGGAACCAGGCCAAUCUUCUUAAAUCUAACAUAACGUCAUCCCACAUAUUUGCAUGUUCAGCCUUUAAAAAUUCCAAGAAGGUCGCAGCAUUUAACCUUGCAGGCAAAAGGUAGGGUCCAAAUAGUCGAUUACGGUAGAUACCAAUCCACACGUUCACACUAAAUUCAUGCUGAAAAUUUCUUUCCCGAACUGCAUGCGGAUUUUCAUGCGACCAAAUAUGUUGAAUAUGAAAAUGUUCCACUCCGCGUCUAGUGAAGCAUCACUCAUCGGUCCAUAAAAAGUUACUUAAAAACUCCCUAUUAUUAUCAGUUCUAUCAAGAAUCCACCGACAAAAUGUGAUUCUUCGUUCUCCGUCCCCUGGAUGUAGUCCUUGCACAGGUUGCAAAUGGUAAGGACAUCUAUGGUCAUUUCUAAGAACACGGUGAACAUGGCUUGCUGAAAUUCCCAAGGCACCAGAAACUCUCCUAACACUUGUGGUCGGAUCUCUAUCAAACUCACGCAGCAUCAUACGGGUAAAUCUGCGCUGACGAACAUUUAUGUUUUGAUCCCUUUGGAGAUUUCCAAAACCAUUUUCAAUUACUUGGCGAUGCACUCUUACAAAUACUGAGCGAGUUGGAUGUCGUCUGUUUGGAAAUCUUCGUGCGUAUUCUCUGGCUUCUUCAGCUGCGUUUCCAUUUACAAAGCCAUACACAAAAUGAAUAUCCGCUAACCCUUGAUUGGAGAAUAAAAAUGGCAUUUUUAUAAAACUUACAAAAAAAACAGGUAAAAGAAGCUAAAUUUCGUGCAUUCACAAUUGCAAAAAAACGUUUCAGGUUUCAACAGACCACAAAACUAACUGUCAACUAAUUGACGUUUAACCUUAUUCUGCUUUCAAUUUCAAAAAUAUUUGCAGGCCCAGCCUACUUCUAAAAAUUAUCGAAAUACUGACUUGUUAACGUUAUUUUAUCAUGAAUAAUUAAAAAUGCAUCUUACCUUAAAAAUCGAAAUAUCUCAAAAACCGCUAACUAUAACUAAAAUUCACAAGAGACCUUUUUUAUAUUGAAAAAGCAAAAAAUUGGACUAAGAAAAUUUUUUCGGUCAUUUUAAUACACUACAGGUACAGUAGAGGGCGCCCUCUAGCGGCUACAGUAAAACUAUGCCCAUGGUUCAUUUUGUCG